GACUCGGUUCCGGCGCCCGCGAGCACCACCACGGCUCCCACCCGCCCCGCCGAGCGCCAAAGCGGAGAGGACCCGGGCGGCGAAGUGAGGCAGCGGGGCGCCAGCAGGCCGGACGCCGGCAGCAGGCGGCCGGGGGACGGCUUCUCCAUCCAACUCUCCCUCCAGUGCACCCCGUCCCAAAUCCGCCUCCCCAAUGGCGUCCAAGCUGAACCCCAACGUCCUGCAUGUGGCCGAGCCAGGCGAGUCUGUUCAAACAGACGAGAGAACCACUCUGUCGGGCGAGGCGGGAGACGAGUCUUCCGACAGCGACGGCGAGCAAGAGGAGACGUCGCACAAGCUGAUCCGCAAAGUCUCCACUUCAGGCCAGAUCCGCGCCAAGAAAAGUGUCAAGGAGGGAAUCCUGUUGAAGCAGACCAGCUCUUUCCAAAGGUGGAAACGGCGCUACUUCAAACUCAGAGGGAGGACGCUCUACUACGCCAAGGACUGCAAGUCUCUUAUAUUUGACGAGGUGGACUUGUCAGACGCCAGCGUAGCUGAGACCAGCACCAAGAACAUCAACAACAGUUUCACCGUCAUUACUCCUUUUCGCAAACUGAUGCUAUGUGCCGAGAACAGGAAGGAAAUGGAAGACUGGAUUGGCGCCCUCAAGUCUGUCCAGAAGUGGGAGAUCUAUGAGGCCAGCCAGUUCAACAUGGAGCAUUUUUCAGGGAUGCACAACUGGUACGCCUGCUCGCACGCACGCCCCACCUUCUGCAAUGUCUGCAGGGAGGCUCUACCCGGCGUCACUUCCCAUGGCCUGUCCUGCGAAGUAUGCAAGUUUAAAGCUCACAAGCGAUGCGCAGUUCGCUCCACCAACAACUGCAAGUGGACCACAUUGGCCUCCAUCGGGAAUGACAUCAUAGAAGAUGAGGACGGGGUGUCCAUGCCCCACCAGUGGCUGGAGGGUAACUUGCCUGUCAGCGCCAGGUGUGUGGUGUGCGACAAGAACUGCGGCAGCGUGAGGCGACUGCAGGACUGGCGCUGCCUCUGGUGCAAGGCCAUUGUCCACAUCAGCUGUAAAGAACAAAUGGCCAAAAUCUGCCCCCUGGGUCAGUGUAGAGUGUCCAUCAUCCCUCCCACAGCACUUAACAGCAUCGACUCUGACGGCUUCUGGAAAGCCACCUCAGCGUCCUGCACGAGUCCUCUUCUGGUACUGGUCAAUUCCAAAAGUGGGGACAACCAGGGUGUCAAGUUCCUGCGCAAGUUCAAACAGCUCCUCAACCCAGCGCAAGUCUUCGACCUCAUGAACGGGGGGCCCGAACUCGGCCUGCGCAUCUUUCAGAAGUUUGUGACGUUCCGCAUCCUGGUGUGCGGGGGAGACGGCAGCGUGGGCUGGGUGCUCUCUGAACUUGAUAAACUGAAGCUUCACAAGCAGUGCCAGCUGGGCGUGCUGCCGCUGGGCACCGGUAACGACCUGGCCCGAGUCCUUGGCUGGGGGGGUCUCUGUGACGACGACGCUCAGCUUCUGCAGAUCGUGGAGAAGCUGGAGAGGGCUACCACCAAAAUGCUGGACCGGUGGAGCGUGAUGACAUACGAGGUUCCCGCCACCACUAAACAGAUGUCAUUAGUAAGGGAAGACAUCCCCCUCGAUUACCCACUGCAGGUUCACAUCACUCAGUAUGCAGACUCUGUGGCGUCCCACCUGGCCAAAAUCCUGGACUCAGACAAACACAGCGACGUCAUUUCCUCCGCCAAGUUCCUGUGUGGGACGGUCAACGAGUUUGUGACGGAGGUGGGCAAGGCGUACGAGAGGGCCACAGAGAACAAGGAAGAGGCGGACGCUAUGGCAAAAAAGUGUGCACUGCUGAAUGAGAAGCUGGAUUCUCUGGUGAAAGCCUUAAGUGAGGAAGCUGAUGCUCAGGUGGUUCCGGCAGAUUCCUUGCCCAGCCAGGAGGAUGGCGGCUCAGGACCCGAUAAAAAUGGCAGCGACACAGGCUCCAAUUGUCAAACGUACCGCUCCAGGGAGCAGCUGAUGCUGCGGGCCAACAGCCUGAAAAAGGCGCUGAGGCAGAUCAUCGAACAAGCAGAGAAAGUGGUGGACGAGCAGACCCGAGACACUCAGUUGUAUCGGAUACCUUCGUCAUCCUCCAUUAAAAGGGAAAACAGCGAGGAACAGAAGGAUACAGAGAGGCGGCGUAGGACUGCAAGCCCUUCCUCGCCCAUCGUCCCGGAGAAACAAGAGAGCCUCAACGCGGUCAUCUUCAACGAGGACUCUGUACAAUGCUGGGAGAAAUGUGUCAUGAACAACUACUUUGGCAUUGGUCUGGACGCAAAGAUCUCACUGGAGUUCAACAACAAGAGGGACGAGCAUCCCAAAAAGUGCAGCAGUCGCACAAAGAACAUGAUGUGGUACGGAGUGCUGGGGACGAAAGAGCUGGUCCAGAAGACCUACAAAAACCUGGAGCAGAGGGUUCAGCUUGAGUGUGAUGGCAUAUCCAUGCCUCUGCCAAGUCUCCAGGGACUGGCUGUGCUCAACAUUCCCAGCUAUGCAGGCGGCAUCAACUUCUGGGGCGGCACCAAGGAAGACAAUAACUUUGGUGCACCGUCUUUUGACGACAAGAAGCUGGAAGUGGUGGCCGUGUUUGGCAGCAUGCAGAUGGCCAUGUCCAGAGUCAUCAACCUGCAGCACCACCGCAUCGCCCAGUGCCGCCAAGUGAAAAUUACCAUCCUGGGGGAGGAAGGCGUCCCUGUGCAGGUGGAUGGCGAAGCCUGGAUCCAGCCACCAGGGGUCGUCAAGAUCCUCCAUAAGAAUCGAGCGCAGAUGCUGACCAGAGACAGGGCCUUCGAGAGCACACUCAAGUCCUGGGAGGACAAGAUGAAGACCGACAUUGACCGCAACCCCAGGGGCCGCCUUGACUCCCAGCAGUCCAUGGAGUACCUGACGGAGGAGGAGUGUGCUCAGGUGCAACAGUUGGGCAUCGUGGCCAGCACGCUCAUCAACAAGAUCAGGGAGGCCGCCAAGACCCACAAGGUGGUGGAGCAGGAGUUGGCACACCCGGUCAACGCUAGCGCAGUGGUACUAACCGAGGCCAAGCUGUCCAGUCCUGAGUGUCUGAGUCGCAGCACAGCGGUAGAAAUCGUCAACAGCAGCAAAGUUCUGCAGGCAGAGACCACGAUGCUUCUGGAUGGAAAACAUCUGUCCGAGUCCCCCGAGGAAGAGGAGCUCCGUGUGACCCUGAACAGCCUGAGUGGCGAGCUCCACAAGCUGGAAGACAUCCACUGGAUCUGUCCACUGAUGAACUGCACUGAGGAGGAGUCAGUCCGUCCAUGCAGCAGCAGUAAGAGCACCAUGAAGCUGAAGAUCCUGCCCAGGGGGAAGAAGGAGAAGGAGAUGCUCUACAAGCAGAAGUCCAGCAGCUCUCUCUCAGGAAGGUGGCGUCAUGGUUCAUUGCCUCUUUGAAAGUAACUGCCUUCCUGUGUCACAAACAAAAAAGAAGAACGUGGGAUGUCAAAACUCCUGAAGCAGAAUUGUCGGGCAACUGAGGGAGAUCUUUUCCAUCACCUUGGCAACCAGAGGUGAAGCGAUGCCCUCGGCCCCCGCCCUGUCGUUAUCCUCCCUGUUGUGACCAGGUGGGCUGACAGAGGUGGGACCAUCGUUGUUUUACUUCCUGUUGUUUUUGUUUUUCAAAGAAGCCUCGCUUGCAUUGCUGUGGUGAAAGAACUUCUCGUUUAGUGAGGUUUUUUUUUGGUUUGUUCCAAACUGAGUGUUUACACGGUGCUCUCCUUGCAUGCCGAGCACAGCAAUCUUUGUUUUGGACCUCUCGAGUCCAACGUCGGAAAGCGAAAACAGCCUUCAGACUCCGGUGAGACUCGGUUCUCGUUGCUACUGCCAAUGCAACCUCAGACUUGCAGAAUAUCUUAAAUGUUGCAAAAAAGAAGUAACAUACUGAAUGUAUUUGUGUGUUGAGCUGUGAAUUGUUGAAAUAAUAAUAUAAUUAACGAUCAUUUACACAUGCAACAUGAAGGUGUGAUGGUUCUAAAGUGGUUCUUAGUAUGUCGUGGCCUCCGACAGGUACUCAGAGGUCAUUUGUGGCCAUUCAGGGCACGCUAACAAACUGCUGAAUGUAGAUGUAAUGCACGAAUGUGAGAUUUAUUUUUUAUUUUUUAUGCUUUGCCAACGCUUCUUACAAUCUCUAGUGGCUUUGCAGCUUCCCCUUUGCCUUUUAAAGACUACGAUUAGAAUAAAUAAUGGAUAGAAAUAGGCCAAACAUGACGACGAUCACGCCAAUAUAUGAGUGUCGCAGUAGAUGUUUAUAGUCAGGGCUGCAUCUUAUUGACCCCGAUUUAAGACCACUCCCCUUUGUCAAGUCCUGUUUUACUUUUGAACCUGUUAACCAGGCACCUGCUGGUUUGCAUGAAUCAUCUCAAGAAAACCUGCCUCUUUCAGACUACCGUAUAUAAGACAAAACCGUCUUAGAUCCUGGUUAUUUGUCAUCAGAAAGAAAAAAAAAGUGUGUUCAUUUAUUUCGCUCUCGUUAAGAUUUAGACAAUACUAGCCUUUACUGUAGUGACGCUACACUGCCAUAUUAUUACGAGCCUUUAAAAAGUUGACGUCGUCGUUAUCUCUUCGUUCAUUUUUCUACGCUGACUUCCAUUCUUGGUUAGACUGCAUCCAUCGUGUGCCACCUUCUCACCUUGGAGGCUUUAGUGGUGCUUGUGCCAAGCAGAGCGACACAUUCCAGGUGUGUGUGUGUGUGUGUGUGUGCGCGUGUGUGUUGUACAUUUCAAAGUUUACUGUAUCUUUGCCUUGCACUUUACCAACAAAGAGGGGAAAUAUGCGCAUGUGUGUGUGUGUGUGCGUGUGUUUACAAGCGUGUGUAUAAUUAGGUGAAGACUAAUAUUUAUGGCAAAAAUGCUAACUAUAUCCACAUGAUGACAUCGGUGGCUGUGUAGUUCCUCCUCCAUGUGACCACGGUAACCAUGCGAAGCUUUACGCCAAAGCUGAAGAACAUGUUGUCAGGACUUAAGGAAAUCACUGAUGAAGUUAAAAUGUUUGAAUUGUUAUUAACAACUUGUUCUGAACAAAUGAUUGCAACUUGUGUGUGUUGAUUUUUUUUUUCAACCAAAGCUCAUAUUAUAUAUAUUUAAUUUUUUUUUUUAACAAGAUUGUUUUAAUUUAAUUUAAUGAGAUUUAGAUAGGAUUCGGCCAUGCUCCUUGUUUGCACGACCGUGUGCGUUGCCCGUUGUUCUAUAUUGUGCUGUUGUCUGCGGCGUGCAACAAAAGACGGCAAGCUUUGGAGAUUAAAAAGAAUUUAAUGGUGUGUGGAA